AUGAGGAUAGUUCCGUCGAGUUCAACAGGUUUAGAGGUGGUUGGGGAGCACAGGCUGUUCUGGGAAUAUGGUUCUCCUCUUUUUGUCUAUGAUGCCGACCACAUCAAGUCCCAGGCUCUCAACCUCACCCAAGCAGCUCAUGGCUUUCAUAUCAGCUAUGCUAUCAAAGCUAACAGCAACAAAUUCAUCCUCAAUAUUCUCAAAAACAACAAGGUCGAGUGUGUAGACGUUGUCUCUCCAGGAGAAAUUUAUAAGGCUCUUGCUAAUGGGUAUGCAGGACAUCAAAUCCUGUAUACUGAGAAUUUCAUUUCAGAGGAGGAAAUGGACUAUGCAUUAAGCGCAAAUGUGAUAAUGAACAUCGGGGCGCUGGAUACUUUGAACAGCAAAUUUGGAAUAUAUGCUAGUGAGCUCGAUGAUGUUGCCAGAAUAGCAUCAGACCACAACAUCAAAAUUAUCGGCCUCCAUCAGCAUAUUGGCUCCAAUCUCAAAAAACAUGAUCAAGAAGUUUUUCUCAAUACCACCGAAUACAUCUUCAAACUCCUCCAGAAGUUCCCAGAUGCCACCAAGGUCAACAUUGGAGGAGGGCUUGGAAUCAAGUAUCAAUCCAAUGACGAAUUGCUCGAUGUUAAAGACCUCUAUGACCAAGUCAAGAAAUAUAGGGAUCAAUACUCCACUGCCCUUUCAAGAGAAAUUCAGCUCUGGAUUUAG